CUGGCAACCCUGCCCCAACUGCCCAAGUCCUAUUCUGUCAUUGGGUGGCUGUGACAGGGUGAGGGAGCCAACAGAGAAAGCGAGUGAGAGACUAUGAUUGGAUGCCAGUGAUAGAGUAAAGCAGCUAGCAGCUUGUGAAUUUUCUUAGUUGUCAUGGGCCCUUGGGGGUCGAUCAAGUGGCACCGCUGACUCACAGAGGAAAGGACAGAAGACACAUAAAGGAACAACAACAACAACAAAACAAAUGCAACUGUCAAAUAGUAACUAAGGACAACAAGGCUUUUAUAAGUAACAGUGCAAGAGAACCAGGGAGGAGACGGUCUUCCUCCACAGAGCAGCGAGAGCGGCUGAGAAGAUCACCCAAAUCCAUCAGACCAGCAUCCAUCUGUCAGUUCAUCCAGCCAGUGAGGAAAGGGCCAAGAAAUGAAGAGACCUCACGACUACAGCUCCCCAGACUCUGACACGGACGAGUUUAUUGAUGUGGGACAAGAAGACAGCUACUGCCCAGUCUCCGGGUCCAUGUCUCCUGGCAGCGCCUCACAGAUUCUGGCCCGAAAGAAGAGAAGAGGGAUCAUAGAGAAGAGGCGCAGAGACCGGAUCAACCACAGCUUGUCAGAGCUUCGGAGACUAGUGCCCAGUGCUUUUGAGAAACAGGGUUCAUCUAAGCUGGAGAAAGCAGAGAUUUUGCAGAUGACAGUGGACCACCUGAAACUGCUGCAUGCCAUGGGAGGAAAAGGUUACUUUGAUGCAAGGGCCCUAGCAGUUGAUUACAGGACCCUGGGGUUCAGGGAGUGUGUUGGAGAAGUGGUGCGGUACCUCAGUUCCCUCGAGGGGGAGUCCCCAGACCCUAUAGGAGCCCGCCUGGUCUCCCACCUCUCCCAUUGCGCAAGCGAGUUAGACCCUCUCCUCCUACAGACACCCCCAGUCUCUGCCUUGACCUUCCCUCCUUGGCCAUGGGUGUCCUUCCCUCAGAUCUCCCCCACCUCGCCGGCCUCCUCUUCACCUCCUUUCCCCAGCGGAUGUAGAGAUCUGGCCCUGCGGAGAAGCUAUCCAUCGCCCGCUUCCCUCUGUCUUGCCCCCCUGGCUGGCUGCCAGCAGGGUACACCACCGCUCCUCACGCCUACAACCCUAGCUACUAUCCACAGAGUGCCCUCCCUUGCAGCUUCCCCAGCCCUAGCCCCCUCCAGACCAACCCAGCCAUCCCCUCAUAGUGCCACCAGGGCCUCACCUAUUCCUCUCCCCACUCCAUCCUCUUCUUCUACUUCUAUCUCCUCUUCCUCUUCUUCCACUUCAUCAUCUUCUGCCCCACUGCAAGUCUCUUUCAGGCCCUUUGCACCUCUGGGAUCUCCAGCAUCCCAACACAGGGGUUUGAACAGAUCAGCCAAGCCAGCCCAGGGUUGGGGGACUGAGAUUGGAGCUUUCUGAGGUGUCAUCUCCCACUUUGUGUCCAAAUGAACUCUGUAUAGUGGACUUGGAGCUACCAUGCCCACCAUGUAGCAACUAUGAUACUUUUGGGGAAAGAUGCAUUGAACCUUUGAUGAUUGUCUCUGGUUUUGAGGGAUUCUAAAAGCCAUAUCAGAGUACUGGUGAAAUCUUAAAUAAUCACAAACAAUUCUAUGUAAUGUAAGAAUGAAUGAAUGUGAAGGAACAGAAGAUCUGAAUAAAUAAACAUUCAGGAUCUUGCUUGACAUAUACAAACACAGAGGAGUGUCCCAUAGAGCCAUAAAUAUAAUGCUCACCAGAGUGAGGUUGGGUUUUUGCUGAUGUUUUAACUGUGAUAUUUGUUUUUUCCCCAAAACAUUUAUACAUUUGAUUAAUGAUUUCCCAGAAUGUCUGACAAAAAUUACUAUAAAGAUGAAGUGCCUUUACCAUUACCUACCCUUCUCUGUGUUUUCUCUGACUGAACACGCAAAUGUCAACAUGUUUUUGUAGAUAUAUUAUCUGAUAUCACUAUAAUGGCAAAGGAAUGAACUAUGUUUGUUACCCUCUUAUUCAUAUUACCCAUGCCUGCAAGCACUGCUUGCAUGUUCCCCAGCCGUAGCCCCCUCGGUCUCCACUGACAGCUGAUGGGAGCUCUGGUCUUGUGGCUGAAGAGGAUAAACACGGUGGGAGCUGGUGAUGUUUUUGGGAUGCUGCAGCGAGCCAAACAGACCCAUCACUUUACCCUCUAAUUGCUGUCUGCUGUAAUUAACAUUACCUUCAUAUCAGUCUAUGUAUUGUCCUCUCUUCUGCUGUCUGGCUGCCUUUCUCUCUCUCCAAUCUUGUGGUACACCAGCGGAUAUCUUCUCUCCCACCAUGUCUGCACCACUGUCUACUCAACAAUGAACAGACAGUAAAGAAGAGGGCGAAAAGGAAGGAUGGAG